UCGCAGUACCAGCAGCAGGAAGAGGCGUAAGAAAACCAUAGGGAAGGACGAGUUUGGUUUGAAUCUUUCGAAUAACUUCCAUCAUCUAUAAACAUCUACAUUAAUAUGGCAGAUCCGAAGGAGCCACAAGAAGAACAUGAUGCAUCCACAGAUAAUGCAGAAGAUACCAACCACGACCCUCACUUUGAGCCCAUCGUGUCCCUCCCCGAGCAGGAUGUGAAAACACUAGAGGAGGACGAGGAAGAGCUCUUCAAAAUGCGAGCCAAGCUGUACCGCUUUGCGUCUGAGAACGAGCCCCCAGAGUGGAAGGAGCGAGGCACGGGCGACGUCAAGCUGCUGCGACACAAAGAGAAGGGCACCAUCCGCCUCCUGAUGAGGAGAGACAGGACCUUGAAAAUCUGUGCCAACCACCACAUUUCCCCUGCGAUGGACCUGAAGCCCAACGCGGGCAGUGACCGGGCCUGGGUAUGGAACACACUAGCAGACUUUGCAGAUGAACAUCCCAAACCAGAGCUUCUGGCCAUUCGUUUCCUCAACGCAGAAAAUGCUCAGAAAUUCAAGGUGAAGUUCGAUGAAUGCAAGGAGGAGGUCCGGAAAUUUCAAGAGGGAUCGGGGGAUACUGACAGUGCAAACAAAGUGGCGGAGAAGCUGGAGGAGCUCACUGUGAAGGACGAGGGCAAGACCAAGACGUCGGAUGACAAGACCGGGGAAGAGAAGAAAGGGGAAGAGAAGAAAGAAGAACAGGCGAAAGAGGAGAAAUGAAACCAAGAACUUGCUUUACCAGAUCUUCGACUUGUCAUUUUCCUCUUUUUCUACGAUAGACUCUAAAGAAACUGAAUUUGGACACUUGCAUAUUGAUUUGUUUUGUUUUUCUUUUUAUGAUUUGUUUGCCUGGAGAUCACAAGACCUAGGUGCCGCUCAAAAAAACGACAACAAGAAAUGCUGCAUUAAAAUGUGCCCCUCCCCACUCACACCCUCUCAUCUAUCAUGGAAAUUCAACUGUCAUCUUUAGUUACUGUCAUCACAACUAACCAUAACAUGAGGCUUGUGAUAUUGAUCAUUCCCACAUUGGGCAAAUGUUCUUAGUUUACUUUUAUUUUUUAGUAGAGGUAGCGUUGAGGGAAGAGGAUUCAGGAGGCUAGCAUGGACAGGAAACUCUUUGAAAGGGAUCAAGUCUCUGUCUUAAAGGCUUCCUCCACUGGUCAACCAGGCUCUCCCCUAUCAUGGCCAAAUGAAUCGGGGGUGCUGAUUUAAUAUGUCGGUUGUACUUGCUCCAGGUGUCAUCAUGUUGGGGGAGAUUAACAAGGAGGGGGAAGCGUGUUUAGAUAACUGAGCUUCAACGUAACUGGUAACAGCAGCAUAUACCAGGUGUUGAAUCGCAGCUGUUGGCAAUUUGAUGCACUUACGUCAAUAUUACCAAGUGUUCCAGUUUUUUUUUUUAGGUGUUUACUAAGGUUUAUCGCACCAAAUUCAAGACAACGGUUUAUCAGAUAUCGGUGUAGGCUACAUCCUGACGCAAGAUCCUUACCAGUGGCUCUAGCUUGUUUUGAAGUCAUGAACAUUCCCUGGACCUGAAGCAGAAAGCAUGUAGAUUCUGUAAAGUUAGAGAUAGUGACAUGGCCAUGUCAGGACUCCACUCUGUCCUAACUCUUAACCCACUGAUUGAGUUGACCUUGCCUCAAAGUGCCAGUUUCAUCUGUAAAUAAAUGUACAUGGAUGAAAUGUUGCUUUUCAUUUGCACUCAAAUGGUUUGAGACAAUUCCUUCACCUUCCAAUAAAAGCUCUCAAAGACCA